AUGAACUAUAAGCCUUCAAAUGCAACAAUGAUGAAUGAAGGUCAUGCUAUUUCGCUUGAAUGGGAGGGUGAUGCCGGAUCCAUUCAGAUCAAUGGCACCGAUUACUUCCUCAAACAAUGCCAUUGGCAUAGAUCAUCUGAACAUUUCAUUAAUGGCAGACGUUACGUUUUGGAAUUGCACAUGGUUCACCGAAGCCGGAAUAACAGAGUAGCUGUAGUAGCAUACCUCUACCAAAUUGGUAAACGCAGUCCUGUUCUCGCAAAGAUGUUGAAGGAUUCACUUCUUGGCUUCUUUGUCGUAACCUUUUUCCUUCUUUGCUGGAACCCUACACCCAUCAGAGCAGAUGAUUCCCCAGAACCGACUCACAUCAGAGAAAAUGGUUCACACCCGAUACAUGAGUGGCCACACCCGACACCCGACAUCCACCAUGAUGCUGCAACUCCUGAGGUAAUAGAAUUUGGUUACGGGCAAGACGACCCGAAAGGACCACAACACUGGGGAGACCUUAAGAAAGAAUGGAGCUUAUGCAAGGAAGGGAAAAGGCAAUCACCAAUAGAGAUAUGGGAAAAGAAUGCCUCCAAAGACAUCACAUCUUCAGACGAUCUAGUAGUGAGUUAUAAGCCUGCGAAUGCAACUAUCAAGAAUGAAGAACAUGCUAUAUCGGUUCUAUUUGAGGGUGAUGCUGGCUCAAUUCGAGUCAACGGGACAGACUACUUCCUCAAACAAUGCCAUUGGCACCACCCCUCUGAGCAUAUCGUUAAUGGCCGAAGGCAUGAUCUGGAAUUACACAUGGUUCACAAAACCAAGGACAUGAGCAAAGUAGCUGUAAUCGGAUUCCUCUACAGACUUGGGGCACCUAAUUCUUUUCUCACAAAGGUAACAUCACAAAUCACGUCUUUGAUUGGUGUACAAAAGGGGAUACCAUUGGGAGUGACUGAUCCAAGGAGGGUGAAGAAGGCUCAUUUCCAAAAGAAUAUGGGGAAGCCGAAGAAGGCUGGCUCUAAAUUUUUCAGAUACAUGGGCUCUCUCACUACCCCUCCUUGUGUUGAAGAGGUUAUUUGGCACUUGAACAAGAAGGUACAAUCUGCCUCCCCUGCACAAGUGGAGCUACUUCAGGAUGCAGUGUUUGAUUUUGCGAGGAACAACGCAAGACCAAUUCAACCUCUAAACGGCCGAGGAUACAAGCUCUAUGGGGAUUAUCACUGA